CAAACAUAAAAUUGCAGCAAAAAUUAAAUAGUAAAAACAGCAGCAAAAUAAAGAUCGACGACGACGGAAAGAAGGCGAUACCGCGCCCUAAAAUGUCGGAAUCGCCCAACUCCGGCGACUCAGCUGGCGCCCCUACCAAUUCCAAACCCAAAAUACCAAACACGGACGAUGGCAGUGGCGCCAACAAGGGAAGAUCCUGCAAAGGCUGCCUCUAUUAUUCUUCUCAAUUUAAAUCCGACUCCAGGAAUCCUCUCUGCCUUGGCCUCUCCCGUUCCCUCCCUAAUGCUCCUCGGUAUAUUGUUGGGACAUCUGAGAUGGAAGCAUCUAAAGAUGGUAUGAUCCUCAGGGAUUUUAAAUACGGCUGCGUUGGUUAUUCUAUUUACGCCGACCAAAAGAACCGAGCAUCUGAUCCACAGCAGUCUGAACCGGAAUUGCCAGUCUGUAUGGGAAUUGAGGUACUGGUGGAUAGGAAAAUCAAAGAAUCUUUGGCUGAUGGAAACAAAUCACCAGUACCACAGCAUCGGUUGCCUCAACCAGCUAAUGUUAGUCGCGAUGAGUUUCUAAGCAGGCAAGUCCAUCUAUAUUUCAUUAUGUGUCAUGUUUGUUAUAUGGCUGGUUAAAUUGUCAAGUAGGUUCCCAUGGCGGACGGAUAAGGAUACGAUUAGUGCUGUCUCAUGUAACGAAGGGUCACUCAUCAGCUAUAGGUUUAGCUUAGUUAAAUGGCCAUUGU